UCAGACGGAGCGCACGUCUCUGGUCCCCAGUGAAAAGUUAAAAACUAGUGCUGUGUCCAGUUUCGUGAUUCCAGAAAAGAACAGAAACAAAAAUCGUGGAAAUGUAAAUAAUAAAACCAGCCAGACAAGAAGAACUUAAAAUUCGAAAGCUCAGCGAUAAGUGUGGACUAAAGUGCGAUCGAGAGUCGACAAAUUUCCAAUUUUCUUUUCAUUUGUGCAUGAAAAAUGUUUUUAUUUUUUUGGGUUUUUAAACUUGAUUUCUUGUAAUACCUUAAAGUGUGCAUAUACUCUCUGAAUGUUAACUGCUAAUUCAUUGGCAAAUAAACACAUCUAAGUGCGAAAGUUAUUUCCAAAAACAAAACAAAAAUCAACAACAUCGCUACGAGGGACAGUUAAAGAGUUACCUGUUACUCGAGUGCGUUUGCCUUCCCUUUGCUUCUAUUUGUUUAUCCGCAGCACUUGCCGUUGUCAUGCCUCAUCAUCAUCAGCCGACGAGCAGCCAAAACAAUUUGACAUUUCUAAAAUCGAAUUACAAAUUCAAGCGCAGAGAGAUGGCCAGAAUUCGCGCACUUCCUGCGACGAAGACAACGCCAUCGACGACGACAGCGACGACAGCAACAUCGGAAGAGCAAACACCAAAACAAUUAGCGGCAACAAUGUCAAAGACGUCAGCAGCAGCAUCAACAUCGACACAAUUGGCAAGAGCAACUAGCCACGAAUGUAGAACAAUUCUAAGUUUAUUUAUAGUAAGCGCAUGGAGCUUUUUCCAAGAGUUGGCCAAUUGCUGCUGGCAGGAUGAAGAUCGCUGUCUUGGCCAUGGCCGUGACGUCAAUGCGUCGUCCGAUUGCUCUGACGAGGUGUCAAUGGCACGUGAGCAACAGCAACACCACCAGCAGCAAUAUCAGCAGCAACACGAAUACUUGGCCAGUUCUAGUCCAAUAAAAAGCAUGCACUGCACGAGAGCAACACCAGCAGCAACAUCAACAGGCACUGCAGCAACAUCAGCCGACACAGCAGCAACACCGGGAGCAGUACCAGCACCAGCAGCAGCAACUUCUGGCCAUCAGUUAUUGGCUGGACAGCCUUUGAUGGCUCUGUUAAUUGGAUUGCUGCUACUGAAUUUUCGCCUGGCGGCGGCUGGCACUUGUUGGCAGACGCAUCUGGGCAGUGGCAAGUGCGGCCAGGUCUUCUCCACGAACAUCUCGAGGUCGGAGUGCUGCGGCGCCAGCCAGAGUUUCUCCUACACGGAUCGCGAACUGAGCAGCGUGGAGUACUUCUUUGCCACGGCCAUUGGCGGCGGUGUAGAGUGCUCACCCUGCAUGGAGAGCUGCAAGGGCUUUAAGUGCGGACCCAACAAGAAAUGCGUAAAGCGCAAGGGACGGCCAAAAUGCGUUUGUGCCCCAGAAUGUGGAGCAGCUUUACGUCGCAGGACGCAGAAGCAGGAUAUGAAGCCACCUCGUGAAUCCCGUAGUCUAAGUAGCGAAAAUUCCAACUUCAAUUUAGGUUUAGACGGCGGCAGGCAACGCCAACGUGUUGAUAACCAAAGAAAGCAUCUGCUGCCCCGCGAAACGAAGCACCGGAGACUUUUGAUCAUAGACAGCAGCAAUUUGCCAGAUCAGCCCACAAAUACAAAUAGCAGACGCGGCCGGGUGGAGAUGACAGGCUAUGAGAGGCGCAGACACAGAAACGGCAACAGCCAUGGCAAACACUUAACAAGAUCAAUGACGACAGGAGCCAAUGACUCGUCCCCGGCUGAGGCUGGGGCAGAGACUGAGGCUGAGACUGAGGCAGACAAGACGCCUGCGCAGUUGCCUGCCGCAGACUCAAUCUUGGCUCAGUCUAGACGCAACUUGGCAAAUGCUAAUGAACCCGCCAACGACAUUAAUAGACAGUCGACUCGAGUCAGACACCAGCAUGCCAGACGCAUCGAGCAUGCUCCAAAUCUAGACAAUGGGCAAAGGAAAAGGCAGUCGGAGGAGCUCCACCAGCAGCCGAACCAGAAGGUGGAGGAUCGAAUGGAUACAGAAGCCCAGUCAGCGAAUACCACAAUGUCUGGGUCUGGGUCGUCGAAUCAUCGUCGAAUCUUUCAGUUGCAACGCGGAAGUGAAUCGGCUGCGUCAUCGGACCACGCUAAUGCCAAUGACUUGGCUCUUCUGGGCGGAAUCUACGAGCCCCUGCCGUCGCAGCAACAGCAAAUGCAACAGCAGCAGCAGCACACGAAUCCGGUUUGUGGCACCGACGGACGCACCUACAACACCGAGUGCCAGCUGCGCAAGCGCGCCUGCCGCACCAACAACGCCCAACUGGAGGUCGCCUAUCGGGGCCACUGCAAGAACAGCUGCAGUGGAGUCCAGUGCUUAAAUGGCUUGACCUGUGUAGAGGAUCAGUAUAUGAUGCCCCACUGCAUCACCUGCCAGAUAGAGUGCCCCUGGGACAACCUGGAUGUGGACUCCAGUGGCUAUGAUGAGCGACAGGCGGUGUGUGGCGUUGAUGGGAAUACAUACAGGAGCGUUUGUGAUAUAAAUCGAAUGAUUUGCAAAAUUGGGCGUUCCAUUGCCGUGGCAUAUCCGGGACCAUGUCGAGCUGGCCGCUUGAGCUGUGCGGACAUCAAGUGUGGGCCGAAGGAUAACUGCCUGGUGGAUCUGCAGACGCGCCAGCCGCGGUGCGUGUCCUGUCGCUACAAAUGUCCACGGAAGCAGCAGCGACCGGUACACAAAAUAUGUGGCUACAAUAACCAUACAUAUAACUCGUGGUGCGAGAUGCACAAGCACUCCUGCGAAUCCCGGUACUUCAUUGGAGUUAAGUCCCAGGGUAGCUGCUAGAGGAUCGGAUACUUCUCCCGGUCACAUUAUGUAGCGUGUUCUUUCGUAGUUCCAACAUCCAAAGAUUCUCGUUGUGCGUUUUCGUGUUGUAAACGGUGGAUGGGCCUUAGGCUGUUGCCAACCAAGCUU